GUCUGCCAGUCCGCUGUACCACACCCCCAGAUGGGAGGCAGCAGCAGCAUCUGAAACGUGAAAGCCGCGUUGAGGAUGGAGAGAUCGAGGGAAUCGGCGUGAUAGAUGAGUGCGGAGCCGAAGGGGCAAACCAGAAAGAAGCCGCGCAAGGAAAAAAAAAAUAAACAAUAAAAAGGGAGCGACCUGGAGGGGGGUGCGGGCAGACGCGAUUCGUCAUCUCGGAAUUAAGGAAUUGCUGAGGCUCCGCCAGCCCCGCUCUGCCCGCGCUGCCUGUAAAUGGAGCUGGAGAACAUCGUAGCGAACACCGUGCUGCUCAAAGCCCGAGAAGGUGGAGGAGGAAAGCGGAAGGGCAAAAGUAAGAAGUGGAAGGAGAUCCUCAAGUUCCCUCACAUCAGCCAGUGUGAAGAACUACGGGAGACACUAGACAGAGACUACUCCAGCAUUUGUGACAAGCAGCCCAUCGGAUGCCUGCUUUUCCGGCAGUUCUGUGAUGCCCACCCGGAGCUGCGCCGCUGCAUAAAGUUCCUCGACUCGGUGGCCGAGUAUGAAGUCACUCCGGAUGAGAAGCUCGCCGACAGCGGCCGUGAGAUCGUCAGGCAGUUCCUCUGCCAGGAGUCUUCAGAGCACGUCAGCCAUCUUCCCGAGGAGCUCGUGUGUCGUACGAAGGAGAGGCUCGAAGUCAAGGCCAGCAAGGAGCUCUUCGCCCACUGUGUCACGUGUGUCCAGAGCUUCCUGAGCGGCGAGCCUUUUCUGCAGUUCCAGGACUCGGUGCAGUUUGACCGUUUUCUGCAAUGGAAGUGGCUGGAGAGGCAGCCCGUCACAAAGAACACCUUCCGACAAUACCGGGUCCUCGGCAAAGGAGGCUUCGGCGAGGUAUGUGCAUGCCAGGUCCGUGCCACAGGGAAGAUGUAUGCCUGCAAGCGACUGGAGAAGAAGCGCAUCAAAAAGAGGAAGGGAGAGGCCAUGGCACUGAACGAGAAGCAGAUCCUGGAGAAAGUCAACAGCAGGUUUGUAGUCAACCUGGCUUAUGCCUAUGAAACCAAGGAUGCCCUCUGCCUGGUGCUCACCAUCAUGAAUGGCGGAGACCUCAAGUUUCAUAUCUACAACAUGGGCAACCCCGGAUUCGAGGAGGAGCGGGCACUGUUCUACGCUGCUGAGAUUCUUUGUGGCUUGGAAGACCUGCACAGGGAGUCCAUUGUGUACAGAGACUUGAAGCCUGAAAAUAUCCUGCUGGAUGAUUACGGCCACAUCCGCGUAUCUGACCUGGGGCUGGCAGUGAAGAUCCCCGAAGGUGAAACAAUACGAGGCAGAGUGGGCACCGUAGGGUACAUGGCUCCUGAAGUGCUCAACAACCAGCGUUACGCCCUGAGCCCGGACUACUGGGGGCUCGGCUGCCUGAUCUACGAGAUGAUCGCCGGGCAGUCGCCGUUCCGGGGGCGCAAGGAGAAGGUGAAGCGGGAGGAAGUGGACAAGAGGGUGCUGGAGUCCCAGGAGGUCUACUCUGACAAGUUCUCCGAAGUGGCGAUGUCCGUGUGUAAAAUGUUACUCACCAAAGACUUCGCCAGCCGCCUGGGAUGCCGAGGAGAAAACGCCAGCGAGGUGAAGCGCCACCCCUUCUUCAGGACCAUCAACUUCAAGCGCCUUGAAGCGGGCAUGUUGGAGCCCCCGUUUGUUCCAGAUCCCCGGGCCGUCUACUGCAAGGACGUUCUGGACAUCGAGCAGUUCUCCACCGUCAAGGGCGUGAACCUCGACCAAACCGACGACGACUUCUAUUCCAAAUUUUCCACGGGCUCAGUGCCAAUACCUUGGCAGAAUGAGAUGAUAGAAACCGAGUGCUUCAAAGAGCUCAACAUGUUUGGAGCCAAUGGGGGUCUCCCUCCAGACCUCGACAGGAGCUGCACGCCCGAGCCCCCCAAGAAGGGCCUGCUUCAGCGGCUCUUCAGGCGGCAGCAUCAUCAACAGAACGACAGGAGCAGCCCUUCCAACUCCAAGGCCCACUCUAAUCACCAUGGCAACUCCAAUCACAUGACGUCCAACUCCACGGAAGGCAGCUAGUGGGAGGGGCGGAGUCUCAAUGGCACCCGUCCGAGGUGGGAGCCACGCUUGCACUCAGGUCAAGAUGUCGGAGUUUGGUCUCAUCGUCGGACCACUGCAAUAGAAAUGACUUGCACGUCUUUACAAGUCGCCCGCCCGCCUGCCCACCCGCCAAGAUGGGGGAGGACUUUUAUAAAUUCCUCUUGACGUCCCCGUUUACAUUUUGUACAUUUGUAUCCAAAUGAAUCUGGGAUGAAAUCACCGAGUGGACGUUCUUCCACGCGGGUAGAUGUGGCACAAGGGGGUGGCACGCAGACUUCCCGAGAGAGACCCUGCGUGUCCACAUGUGACGCUCUGUCUACACGUCCCCAUUGGACCCCGAGGUGGGGCCUCCCGCUAGCAAGGAGCAGGAGUGCCGUGAGGUGUGCGCCGGAGAGGAGGAGUUUGUGUGGGAG